AUGUGUGUGUGUGUGUGUGUGUGUGUUUUUUAUCCUUUAGGGUGUCAUCUACUGGACCCUUAUUGUGCCGCUGUCAUCAUCAUAGCCAGCAAUCCAAUAGUCCUGGUCAUCGAUGACUGGACAGAAGAACUGUCCCUACCCCACUUGAUACUCAGCAUGGACAUCUCUCCAUGUCAUGUGACCUCAUCGAACAGCCUCCACCUAGCUCCGGUUGGGCCAAUCAAAGGUGACGUCAUUGAUGUCUUGAUCCAAACAGUUCUACAGUGGAAAGAGCUGGUGUUAAUCUAUGACGAUUAUUUAG